AUGCUGUGGAAGCAGGCAGCCUACCUGUGGAAGCCGGCACUCAGCACUGUCUCUGUCCAGCUGACUCCUUUCCAUCAUGGUGCUCCAGAAACAGAUGUGGCAGUACCUGCAGUCAGCCUUAUCUCACAUGACCUCCUGAUGAUUGGGACUCCCAAGGAAUUUCUAGCGUCAGUGACUUUGCUCAGUGUGGCUGAGGUAAUACUCACUCUCAGAGGACAAUCCUGGAACGGGUAUCAGAACCAGACUACACAAGUGCAGAACACCCCAAGAACACAAGGGUGUCCCAAAUCUCAGAAGAUGUGGGUCAGACUGAUGCUGAUGGCAGCAGUGGGAGUGUCUCUGGAGGGGAAGAAGAUGCCAGGCAUGGUGGUGAGGAUAACCCCUAAAGGCUUGCAAUAUGUAUCAGAGAAAGGAUCACAGUUACUACAGAAGGAGCUGAUGAAGAUCCAGUUGCCAAAACAUUUGGGGACAAAGUAUCAUGAAUUCAUCAGCAUGAUGAUCACUAAGAUCCACUUGCGAAAUUCCCAUCUUGGUGUGAUUCAUGAAGGUCUUAAGUUGUCCAUCACCCAUGGCUCAGUCUCCAUCAUUGGAAAGUGGAGUGACCAUAAGCCCAUCAAAAAUCAUAUCCCUUUUGACCUGAAGAUAAAUGAUAUCUCCAUCACAGUCAUCUUUCAGCUGGGGAAGAACAAUAAACACCAGAUUACUAUUUUUGUCUCAUCAUGCAACAGCAACAUCAAAAGUGUUGAUAUGACCACCUCAACCAACCUAAGUUCGCUGAAAAAUCUGUAUAAAAACCUUGGGCCACAAUUACAAAAGAACGUCUGUGAAAAGAUCUGUGAAGUGAUAAAGAACUCUACAACUUCCUACAUGGAACCCUACCUCCAGACAAUGCCAGUGAAAGUCAAUGCUGAUAAAAUAGCUGGAAUCAAUUAUUCUCUGAUGAAGCCUCCAAAAAGCAACUACCAAAGCCUGGAUCUUUCUCUGAAGGGCAAAUUUUUCGGCUUGACUCAUCACAGGCCAUACCCCUUUCAUCCUUCUUUUAUAAAUUUCAAUGACGACAAACCACACAUGAUCUAUUUUGGAGUCUCAUAUUCCUUCUUCGACUCAGCCAAACAUGUUUACCAACUUGCUGGAAUCAGAUCUCUCGAAAUGAAUAAUUCCAUGGUUCCAGAGGGCUCCAAUUACCAUUUGACGACCAGCUUCUAUGGAACUCUGAUCCCUCAGUUGUCCAAGGAGUUUCCCAAAAUGGGAAUGAAAAUCUUCAUUGAUUUCCCCUCUGUACCAACCAUCGAUGUCAGCUCUAGAAAUGAAAUGGGUCUCAUGUUUUCACUUUCGACCCGUGUCUAUGUGAUCUUCUCCAACUCUUCUAUGACCCUACUCUUUAAGCUUAGCCUGAAAACAGCCGUUGCCCUCUAUAUUAAAGAGAAAUCUGGUAACAUUUCAGGGCACAUCACAUUGAAAAGCCUCCAUGUGGAAUUGAAGCACUCACGAAUCGGCAAUUUCGAGGUGUCAGUACUGCAAGCUCCUUUUUCUUAUUACAUGUCCAAAGUUUGGAUCCCUAAGAUAAAUGGGAGACUGGAGAAUGGUUAUCCUCUACCCAUACCGACUAACCUUCACCUCUCCGACUUUGUUGUACAUUCUUAUAAGAAUUUCCUGGUGUUUGGGACUGAUUUUCACUAUUCCUGAGGGAGGUUGGCUGAUUGCCGGGGUCAUCUGCACCCCACACAUCAUCUCCAUCCUGUGGCACCAUCAAGAUUGGUGGGGAACUGGCUACCAUUACCGACUGUUACUCUGGAACUUGAUCCACCAAGAAACACUUACAAAAGCCUCUGGGUUUAUAAUUGGCUAAGAUAAAGGACAUUGAAAAAAUGACAAUGUUCAGUGGGGGGGAUUUUGUUUUGUUAAAAAG